AGAAGGAGGAGAGCGGAGGCGGAAGUGACGCGCAAUUGUCCUGUUCCUCUUCCCAGAAGGCACCGCGAGGAGAGGAAAAGGAAGACGUGUCCCUGGAGCAACUUGAGGAUGGUGACAGACGUGCAGCUGGCCAUCUUUGCCAACAUGCUGGGGGUCUCCCUCUUCUUGCUGGUCGUCCUCUAUCACUACGUAGCCGUCAACAACCCUAAGAAGCAAGAAUGACCCCUGGAAAGAGCGGAGCCCUGUUGCCAGCACCAUGAAGCAUUGAGCCUGGGAUGUCUCUUCCCCCGUGGAGUUCCACAGCUCGGCCACACCACCAGACAUGGCGGGAGGCUCGCCCCUUCCUCCUCCUUCCUACCGAACCUUCCCUCCUGCCUCCCGCCAGCUUUGACCAGACAUGAAUUUGUACGCUUCUCUUUUUUUUUUUUUUGUCAAACAAAAUUUAUUAAUAGAAA